GUGCGCUGACGUGUGCUGCUCAUGGAAUCACAUUCCACAUGCACCAAAAAAACGAUACGGUCAACAAAUAUAAACCAUUUUUUUAACUUCCCGGACUGGUUCAACAGCCUCGGUGUCGACGAGGAAGCGAUAAUAUGUGAUGAUGAUAAUAUUCUGGAGAAUUGACAGCCGCAGGACUCUUUAAAUGGGCUGAGGGAAAGAGGCGGGAGCGCAUGAGGUAGAAUCUCUGAGCUCGCGCUGAUCUUCAGUCAGUCCUGCGCGCGCUCGCUCACUGUCCGCGUAUCUACAGCUUGCAGAGAGCUUACUUUCUUAUUUAUAAAGAGACAAAACGUCAAGACUUCCUUCGUCCUAUUUGCGUUUCUGAGCUUUACAUUAACCUCUCCGAAACAACAUGUGGAUUUACAAAAUUUUGCUCUGUGUGGCCGCUUUGGUGUACUCAGAAACCAAGAGGCACGCUCUGCAAGACUACCAGAAGACCAAUGGCGUGCGUCUGGUCACUCUACCUGAUUUGUCCUACAUGUCCAAAGGCCGCAAGAUGAGCGUGGGAAAGUGUGCACGUCGGUGCAGUCGCAACAGGAAGCUCCCGUUCACCUGCAGAGCAUUCUCCUUUGAUCAGAAAAGCACCAAGUGUCAUUUACUGUCCUACGACAGCCUCACAUUUGGAGUCCGCAUGGAGAAUGACUUCAACUUCGACCUCUAUGAGAAAAAAGACUUUGUGAAAGAAUGUAUUAUUGGCAACGGACUGAACUACAAAGGGAAGAGGUCGGUGACGAAGAAUGGAGUUCAGUGUCAGCAUUGGAAUUCAAAAACUCCUCAUGAACACAACUUCUUACCCCAGAGGCACAAGCACAGAGAUCUGCGUGAUAAUUUAUGUCGUAACCCAGACAACACUACAACAGGACCGUGGUGCUUCACCACGGACCCAAAAAUACGCCAUCAGGAGUGCAGCAUCCCACAAUGCUCGGAAGUGGAAUGUAUGACGUGUAACGGAGAAAGUUACCGUGGACCAAUGGACCACACGGAGAGCGGCCGGGAAUGCCAACGCUGGGACCUUGAGGAACCACACAAACACCUUUUCCACCCUAAAAGGUAUCCUGAUAAAGGUUUAAAGGACAACUACUGUAGGAACCCAGACGGGCGCCAGAGACCCUGGUGUUUCACCACCGACCCGAAUACUCCAUGGGAAUACUGUAACAUCAAACAGUGUGACCAAGACAACGGCACUCACAUUGACAACACAACGACCUGCUUCCGUGGACGUGGGGAGGGUUAUCGCGGGACGGUGGGUAUCACCCCCGAGGGAGUGACCUGUCAACGAUGGGAUGCCCAGUUUCCCCAUCAACACUCCUACACGCCCCAGAGCUACCGCUGCAAGGAUCUCAGGGAGAACUAUUGUAGGAAUCCUGACGGCCGUCAGUUCCCAUGGUGCUUCACUACUAACUCCAAUGUACCCAUUGCAUACUGUACCAACAUCCCUCGCUGUGGAACCACAGAACCUAAGUCUGAGGAGUGCUACACCGGGAUUGGUGAAACAUACAAUGGCAAACAGGCAAAAACUCGGUCUGGCAUCCCUUGUGCUCUUUGGAAAGACCACACUGAAAGUAAAGAAAGAGAUGUGGGCUUCUUGACGGCUGAACAAGCAGAGAACUUCUGCAGGAACCCUGACAAGGACAAGCAUGGCCUGUGGUGUUUUACCAACAGUUCAUCCAUCCCAUGGGACUACUGCUCCCUUAAAUCCUGUCAACCUUCGCAAAAUAAUCUGCCACCAAAAGAGGAAGUUUCAAAGAACUCAUGUUUUGUUCAUAAGCAAGUGAGAAUUGUGGGUGGGGGUCCGGUCCCCAUAAAAGAUGGCAGCUGGAUGGUCAGCAUACAAAGAGGGAGCACUCACUGGUGCGGAGGUUCUCUGGUCAGGGAGGAGUGGGUGCUGACAGACAGACAUUGCUUCUCGUCAUGUGUCCCCGACCUAUCAGAGUACAGAGUUUUGCUUGGUGUAGCACAUUUGAAUGAAUCGUCGGAGAAUGAUGUCCACAGACAGGAGAGAAGAAUCUCGCAGGUCAUCUGUGGCCCGGAAGGCUCUAAUCUCGCCUUACUCCGACUGACUCAACCGGCUCUCCCGAGGGAACGUGUUGGGAUUAUUCAGCUGCCCGUGGCUGACUGCAGCAUUCAGGAGAACACCACAUGCUCUGUGUAUGGCUGGGGUGAGACCAAAGGCACUGGCCAUGAGGGUACACUCAAGAGAGUCUAUCUACCCAUAGUUAGCAACGAACGAUGCCAACAGCUUCACAGACAAAGUCUUCCGAUCACCAGGUCUAAACUGUGUGCGGGGGGUCGGAAAGAUGAAGGAGUGUGUGAGAAGGACUACGGCGGCCCGCUUGUAUGCCAGGAGAGUCACAGUAAAGUCAUUGUGGGCGUGAGCAUAAACGGCAGAGGAUGCGCCCGUCACAACCGACCCGCCAUCUUUGUGAAAGUGGCCUUCUACACCGGAUGGAUUCAUAAAGUGUACAAGCAUUAUCCCAACUCAGAACUAAACUUCUGAUGCAGAGCUCUUCAGAAAGAAUGUUGGCAGGAUCAAAAACAAUUACAAAUAUUAUAUAAAAAAAAAUCCGAACAGCUUUAGUCGAUAAAGUUCUUGAAAGCUUUCCCGGCUUGGCUGUGAAACACGCAUUUAGAAACUAGAAUAAGCGGCUGAAUCCGUUGCUCUGAAUUCAAGCAAUUUGUGCACCUAAUAAUGCCAGAACCGCUGAGCGUGGCGCUGGGGAACAGAUUCUCUAAAGGCUAAAUUAGCAACUAGCCAUACGGAAAGAUGGAGAGUACUGGACCGAAGCAAGAACAAGCAGCCAGAAUUUGUUUCUAGAAUCAAUAGUAUCUCCAGGCCACCAACCAAAAACCUCAAGUCCUUGAAGAGAACUCCUGCUUUAGUGUACCGCGAAGCAACCGUAUGUACAUUUAACCCACACGAUAUCCCUUCAGCUAAAGGUCUGGACUUCAGUCGGGAUCUUGGAAACAGAGACUGGAGUCUGGAUUCCCACCAGGACUUGAUAUACGGAUACGAACCCUGAAAUCUCCCCGGAAUCCCAACGGAGAUCUACCCUUUGAAAUCGCUCAGAGCUGACUGACGUACCCUCAACAUAUUUCGGACACUCCUCGUAUAGCAAGAGGACUGUUAUGAUUAUAAGUACAUGUUGAUAUAAAAAUCUCAUUAACGGUGUCGUUCAGAAAGCCCCUCUGUAAAGUAUUAGCUGUUAGCGUUGUGCGUGCGGAGACUAAAUGUAGAAUGUCUUAUUGAUUAUAGUAUACACAGAAGGCUUUUGCUUUUACGCUCCUGAUAAUACUUGAAAACACAUAUGAUAGAUCACUGUGUCGCGCCAUUUCCAAUUUUAAGCGUUUAUGUACUCAUAGGUGUUCCAUCAGUUUCCAGUGUUGAUGUUCCGUCCACGAGGCCGAAUGCAGAUGACAGGACCUGAAGCUUGUAAUGACAUACAGUAAAAAUCCUGGUUGUCAUAACAUAUCAGCAUCUGAGGUUCCCAUACGCCAUGUUUGCUUUAGAGAGGAAUUCAGAGGAGGAUUCUGAAAUGUGUGUUGUAAAUACUGUGGUCAUGGGAGUGUGUAUUCACUCCCGGUUCUUCUGUAGGUCUCAUAGACCUUUAUAAGAUGUUAGGGCAUGGCGGCCUCCUCCAUUCCAAUGUCGUUUUCUCUCAUUGGGUGGUUUUAUAUAUUUGUAAAUAUAUCUGCGUUCAUUCCAAAUGCACAUUUUGUGUCAGCGUUAUGAUAAAUGAGUGGAUAAAAAACAUACCAAAAAAACAUCAGCCUUUGCGAACGUUUUUUUGUCGUUUGGGGAUCCAAGCGUGUGCGAUGUUGCACAGCUCGGAUGCAUUUUGCAGCAGUGCUAGAAUUCGAAGCAUGCACCUCUGCAGGACAGAGAAGACCUGGCAGACAUCAGACACGGGAAAGGGUACAGAUUUAUACCUCUGUUUUUCCGAUCACACCAAUUGAAAGAUAAAUCUGGAAGAUUUUCUCUCUUGUGUGGUCUUGGAUCGCUCCAAACACGAGCUGCUUAUUCUCUGGCUCUGGCUUACCUCCAAAAACAAUCAGAUCGGGAAAUUACCUCCAAAAACCAUGUUGGCUUAAACAAAUAUCUGUCUGAGUGAUAGCUUGUAAGUGUUUGAAUUCCAGCCCCUCCCGAUGCUAAUUAUGUUGCUAAAAAUGAAGGAUGAGUUUAAUUUGUAAGAGUCCUAGGCACAAGUCCUUAUGUAAGAACGUUGUUGAACACAUGGAGAUUAGUGUUAAUAAAGCACAAAAAAGUCGAACACAGCCCUUUUUGGCGAAGUGUUACCUUUUUUGGCUUUGCGCUUUGUCCAGAAAGCUUCAGAGUUGUGUGUUUUUUAUUUUUGCCUGUUUUGCUCUAAAACAAAAACGCAUGGAUAAUGAAAUGGCUUCCCCCAAGCGUUUUUAAAGCCUGUGGUCCACCAUCAACAUUCAUGCAUAUUCGAUCGAUUGCUCUGCAAAUUCAGAGAAUGCCACUCUCAGUUAUUUGUAUGGAUGGAAGACAGCGAUGUCCAGUUUUUGAAUGUACAGUGAGCUGCUAUGGACAAUGUUAAGCUGUAAAAUGUUGUCUUUGUACAGUGUUUAAUGUUUCACUUAUUACAUGUACAGUCAUACUCAGUGUAUUAUUCACAUCUUAUUCUGGUAUUUAUCAACUUUGCUUGUGUUUGUGUUUAUUAAAAUAUAGGUCAUAUGUACCUUCAACAUAUGCCGCAAGUAACAGCAAUAAUAACGAUUGAGGAAAAUAAAGGAGAAAGAUGCUUAAUUUAGGAGAAUUAUUUAACCGAGUUCAUCUGUGUAAUUGUUGUGUUUGUUUUGAGCAUACUUGUAAUGUAAACUAUCUGUUUUCAUCGGUUAGAUAUUUGCAAAAGCCUGUGGCAAACAUAAUGGGUGAGUAAUAAUAAUGAUUUAUGGCAAGAAAUAAAUAUGGAGAUGAGAGGUUUCAGAAGGAUUGCUUUGCUAUAUGCAGGUAAUUCUCAAAGGUGCCUGUAUACACUAAAAUUAGAGCUGUUCCCCUUUAAAUCUGAGGUAUAACGCACAUGUAAAACUGCUUUCAGGUCUGUUUUACCCUUGAGUUCUUCGAUCUGCUAUUCUU